UGGCCAAUGGUUUACACCAACAUCUCCAUGAUUGCUAACCAGUUGGCUCCCCUCCAUCAUGACCUGCAAUCCCAUGCUGACUGGUAUGACAUGCUCAUUAGUGUAAGCAAUUAUUCUGAAUGCAUUCUUGACAUUUCCUCUCUUGGUCUUCAAUUCAAUUAA